AUGACCCAACGACGACGUCGAGCGCCCAAGACCGCAUCACAGUCACAGACACAGUCCCAACCACCAUCGCCCUCGCUACAGGUGCCGUCGCUGUCGCCUGCGUCUCGAUCCAGUGUUCCGGCUGCGAUGGAUUCAGACUCGCGACUCUUUUCCGCGCUCAGGCGACAACCGGUAUGGAUCGUGCUGGCCGUGUCGUCGGGGGCAUGCGCCGCGAUUAAUGGUGUUUUUGCUAAACUUACGACCACUGCCCUCACGUCCACUUUGUCCUCUCACAUUGCGACCUUCUUCUCGCUGUCGCCGUCCAACAAGGUCGUCGAGUUCCUCGUGCGCGGGACCUUUUUCCUCCUGAACCUCGCGUUCAACGCGGCCAUGUGGGCGCUUUUCACGGCGGCGCUGACCCGCGGAGACAGCACGACGCGCGUGAGCAUCGUCAACGUCAGUGCGAAUUUCGUCAUCACCGCCGUGCUGGGCUGGAUGGUGUUCGGGGAGAAGCUGAGCGGCCUGUGGUUCCUGGGCGCCGCGCUGCUGGCCGUCGGCAACGUGGUGAUUGGCCGGAGAGAGGAAGGGAAGAAACCGGGCGGCACGAUCGGCUUGGAUGAGACCCGGGACGAAGCGAUCCGUCAAAGUGAAGAUGAUGGUGAGGAGGAGGAGGAGGCCGCUAGGCUGCUGGGCAGAGACGCCGUCGAGCUAGACGAUGAGCUCGGCGGCGGCAGGAGAAGAAGGAGCAGUGAAGAAGAGACCAGAAAUACACUGAAAAGGGGAGUCGAGGUCGAUGAUCCGAUUUAG